AUGCUAAGCGCUAAGAAACUCAUCAAGAUGGCCAUGAAAUGGCACAAGUUUGUGCGCAUGCAGAGGAAGAGGAUUUCACUUCCAAAAAAUGGCAAUGAUGCAGACAACUGCAGUACAACAUCAUCAUCUAUAGUUGAGAAAGGCCAUUUUGUAGUGUACACAGCUGAUCAAAUGCGCUUUGCGAUACCAUUAUCUUAUCUGGAAAAUGAGGCCAUUAGGCAACUUUUGCAAAUGUUUGAAGAAGAAUUUGGGCUGCCUAGUUGUGGGCCUAUUACAUUGCCAUGUGAUUCACUUUUCAUGGAUCACAUCAUUUUGUUAAUCAAGAAAGGAGCAGCUGCUGGAGAAGUUAACAAAGCAUUGCUACUCUCAAUCAAUUCAUGUUGCAGAUUAACAUCUUUACAACCCCAAUGGGAAAAUCAGCAGCUACUUGUCUAUUGA